AUGGGUCAGGCUAGCGACCUCUGGGCUCACGGACGGGCGGCGGCGUGGGGUGGAGCGGCAAUGACACGUACCACUCGCGAGAUCCGCAGGACCGGCAGCGGGCAGACACAGGGCAUCACGGGUCGUUCAUAUGCCUAUAUAGAGAUCAAGAUGAGGACGCUGGUCAGCACCGUGGAUCUCAUAGCAGGAUGCGCGGACGUGGAUGACCAACCGUCGACCCAUCGGGUCCGACGAUCCCCCGGACUGCCUUCGAAGCCUGGGGAUGCGAAGCGCACGCCUUCGGAACUUCGUGUCGUGUAUGCAGGGUUUUCUCAAGAGUCCGUGCCACAUGGACGGAGAUCGUGA